GCCCGGCCCGCGGCCCCCCGCAGCCCCGGGCGCCGCGCGUCCUGCCCGGCUUGCGGCCCCAGCCCCUGCGCCGCUCGCCCGACCUGCGAUCGUUCGCCGGACUGUGCCGCCUGGUCACCCGGCCUGCCCGCGUGUGUGUUUUGGUUUGGGCCGGCCUCCGGGCCGUCGGUCCCCACUGGUCGAGCCAUGCCGAGUCGCCGCGUCGCCAGACCGUCCACUGCGCCGGAGCUGGGGGCCUUGGGGUCCACGGACCUGUCUUCGCUAUCGCUGGGCGUUUCCAGGACCACAGAUGAAUUGGAGAUCAUCGACGAGUACAUCAAGGAGAACGGCUUCGCCCUGGAGGGGCCGCCGCCGCCGGGCCUGGGCGAGGGGCUGCCGCGCCUGGUGUCUCGCGGGGCGGCCUCCCUGAGCACCGUCACCCUGGGUCCCUCGGCGCCCCCGGCCACGCCGCCGCCCUGGGGUUGCCCUGUGGGCCGGCUCGGGCCUCCGGCCCAGGGCUCCGGGCCGAGGCCACAUCUGGUCAUCACCGAGCAGCCCAAGCAGCGUGGAAUGCGCUUCCGCUACGAGUGCGAGGGUCGCUCGGCCGGCAGCAUCCUCGGGGAGAGAAGCACUGAGGCCAGCAAGACGCUGCCCGCCAUCGAGCUCCGGGACUGUGGAGGGCUGCGGGAGGUGGAGGUGACUGCGUGCCUGGUGUGGAAGGACUGGCCGCACCGAGUCCACCCCCACAGCCUCGUGGGGAAAGACUGCACCGACGGCGUCUGCAGGGUGCGGCUCCGGCCUCACAUCAGCCCCCGGCACAGUUUUAACAACCUGGGCAUCCAGUGUGUGAGGAAGAAGGAGAUUGAGGCCGCCAUUGAGCGGAAAAUCCAGCUCGGCAUUGACCCCUACAAUGCUGGGUCCCUGAAGAACCAUCAGGAGGUGGAUAUGAACGUUGUGAGGAUCUGCUUUCAGGCCUCUUACAGGGACCAGCAGGGACAGAUGCGCCAGAUGGACCCCGUGCUCUCUGAGCCCGUCUAUGACAAGAAGUCCACAAACACGUCCGAACUGCGGAUUUGCAGAAUUAACAAGGAGAGCGGGCCAUGUACAGGUGGCGAGGAACUCUACUUGCUGUGUGAUAAGGUGCAGAAAGAGGAUAUAUCGGUGGUGUUCAGCAGGGCCUCCUGGGAAGGCCGGGCUGACUUCUCCCAGGCCGACGUGCACCGCCAGAUUGCCAUCGUGUUCAAGACACCGCCCUACGAGGACCUGGAGAUUGUUGAGCCUGUGACAGUCAACGUCUUCCUGCAGCGGCUCACCGAUGGGGUCUGCAGCGAGCCGCUGCCCUUCACAUACCUGCCUCGGGACCAUGAUAGCUACGGUGUGGACAAGAAGCGGAAACGAGGGAUGCCCGAUGUCCUUGGGGAGCUGAACAGUUCUGACCCCCAUGGCAUCGAGAGCAAGCGGCGGAGGAAAAAGCCGGCCUUCCUGGACCACUUCCUGCCCAACCACAGCUCAGGCCCGUUCCUCCCACCAUCAGCCCUGCUGCCGGACACAGACUUCUUCCCCGGCACCGUGUCCCUGCCUGGCCUGGAGCCCCCUGGCGGCCCGGACAUUCUAGACGAUGGCUUUCCCUACGAAACGGCCCCCACGCUCUUCACCAUGCUGGACAUGCUGCCCCCGGCGCUGCCACUCGCCAGCGCUGUCCCGGGCAACGGGGUUGUAGGAGCCACGGUCGGGGAGCCUCCUGGCCCCGAGCCGCUUACACUGGACUCAUAUCAGGCUCCCGUCCCCGGGGACGGGGGCACUGCCAGCCUUGUGGGCAGCAACAUGUUCCCCAACCAAUACCGCGAGGCGGGCUUUGGGGGCGGCCUCCUGUCCCCAGGGCCUGAGGCCACGUAGCCUCCGCGGUGAGGAGAGGCUCUGGGUGGGGAGGGAGGUGAAAAGGGCCGUGCGAACCCAACCAGGAUGUCCAGCACCCCCAUCCCCUUGAGCCAUCCUUGGUCAGGUCUCCCGACCUUCUUAUCCUGAAUCGGACGUUUUCGGCGCUGUCAAGAAGCUCCGCGGCACCGCUUUCCUCUGAGCCUGUUUCACAAAUGAGAAAACUGAGUCCGGAGAGGAAAAGGGAUUUGGCUCCCUUGCACUGGCUUGUUAAAGCUGCCGCAGCCCCCCACAACUGGGGACACCUUCUCCCGGAGGAUUCUGAAGAGUGUACAUAUGGGAAGAGGGUGAAGAUUCCCCAACCCUCUAUCCCCAUGAAGGUGGGGGUUGGUUGUUUGUUCAGAGUCUUCCCAAUAAACUUGAGUUUUUGAGCCUUGGGG